GUUUUUUUUUCUGGAGAGGGCCAGGCGCUCUGAUCACUACAGCAAUAAUAAAUGAAACUGUUUAGUCGGUAGUAAACUGUAAGCAGAAGAGAAAAUAGCACUGAUCGGAUUUAACCAUCACCCGGACUGCCGGGGAGCUGAUGAAGGCGAAGUGGGAGCCGAUUUCCCAGGGCGCUUGCCCCAUCCUAGUCAGAACAAGGGACAACCCCACCAGGGUGACACUGAAGGGAGGCGCCUGCCAGGAAGCGCGCCGCGAGGCAGCCCCAUAUUUGGAAGGGAACCCAGGGAAGCGGGGGCGUGAGAAAGGAACGCGGCGUUUGCCGGAGCUGGGCUUCCCCUCCGCCGGGUGUCACUCUGGGCUGGGCGAAGCGCGCAGCGAGGUGGAGCAGCCAGCUAGACUGAGCGCCCAGAGCCGGGCGCCGGCUCCGCACGGCCGCUCGCCGCCCCAGACACCUCGGUAGGGUCAGGAUCGUCCCGGCUUCGCCGGAGCCUGCUCGCUCGCCGCCAUCCGCUUCGGGCGCGAGGAGGAGCGGGACCGGCUGCUGCCUGCCCCGCCGGGAGGAGGCUCCGCGGCCAGCAGGCGCAAGCCGCCCCAUGCCAGGAGGAUGCUGGAGAGUGGCUGCAAGGUGCUGAAGGAGGGAGUGCUGGAGAAGCGGAGCGACGGGCUGCUGCAGCUGUGGAAGAAGAAGCGCUGCAUCCUGACCGAGGAAGGGCUGCUCCUCGUGCCCCCCAAGCAGCCGCAGCCGGGUCCCCCGGCCGCCGAGCCGCCGGCCGCCAAGAUCAAGGAGCUGCACUUCUCCCACAUGAAGACGGUGGACUGCGUGGAGCGGAAGGGCAAGUACGUGUAUUUCACCGUGGUCAUGGCCGAGGGGAAAGAGAUCGAUUUUCGGGGCCCGCAGGAGCAGGGCUGGAACGCCGAGAUCACGCUGCAGCUGGUGCAGUACAAGAACCGCCAGGCCAUCCUGGCCGUCAAGUCCACCCGCCAGAAGCAGCAGCACCUGGUCCAGCAGCACCCGGGCCACCGCCUCCGCAGCGCCUCCAACUCCGCGUAGGGCGCCCGAGGGACCGGCCGCGGCACAGCCCAGGUUGAAUCCAAGCGGCACUUCAGGAAGUGAGACCGAUCAGCAUCUUUCUGUUGUGAACAUAUUUCAGUGGAUAGACAAACUUGGCAAACCGAGGAGAGCCACGGAGCGGGGAGACUGGAGAGCAUCAGUUCAACAACCUGAAAUCCCAGCGAGUUUUCUGCACAAUCCCCUUCCUUGGUGCGGGGAAAGCAUUUCAAGUCAUAUGGACUCUGAGUACUAUUUAUGAACCUUGGAAAGGAUCAUCUGGCAUGAUGGGGCGUCUAGGACACAUGAUGUACUGUACAUUUAUUUUAAAGUAUUUUAUUUUAUGGUUAUUUAUUAGGGAUUUUGUAAAAGGCUAGUUUGCAAGACCUUUCUGAAUGUAGGCCAUUAUCCAGAAAUCAAAUUCCAAAUAAAAAUUCAAAGCACACCUUAGCUCCUGCAUAUAUUGCAAACUUUGGAGAGAGAGAGGGAGGUUGUGGGAGAAGUGAAUGACUUAUAUGGCCAUGAAUUUUGGGUGAUUUUCCACAUGGAAUACAAUAGUUUUCAUUUCUACCCAAAACAUUCUUUUAGAAACUUGUUAUAUUAAUGUGGAAAGUAUAAUGCAUGGUUUAGAAUUAGGAUAAAGAUCUUAAUGCACAAGAAAUUGCUUCUCUCCAAGGGUUGGAACCUGUUGCCAAGGUUAUUAUUAUUUUUUAAACAUAAAUAUGGGGGAAGAGUAUUACAUUUUAUACACAACUCAGUUACACAGAAAAAAUAAUUUGAUUCAUUAUUAUUAGAUAAAAUACCUUUGUUUCAUUUAUCAUAUACAGCAGUUGAAGAGGGAGCUCUGACCAAUUUGAUUUGUGAUAUGAGAAUGUCACGUUAAACAUAUAUCAAUUUUAUGUGCUCGUUUAUUUUGUGUUAUGAAAAUGGUUGUAAGAGCUGAGAACUAUUUAUUAAAACUUCUGUACAUUUGAGUUCAAGGCUCUCUUGGUACAGAAGGUUUAUGAAAGGACCAUGUUCCUGACCUUUUUCUGACAGAUUUUAAAGCCCAUCUUGUAAAUGUCUUAAAGUAUUUAAAUGAGUCAUUUCAGUCAUAAUUUUCCUAAACUGAAAAAUGCUAUAUUGCUGAGAUAAACAAGUUUAUUUUAGUGUGUAAUAUUACCAGAUG